AUGGCGCCCGAGAUAUCAAAUCAGAAGAGGAAGCGCGGUCGGCCACCUAACGCGUCCAAGACAGCAGAAGACGCGUCGGGGCGCGCAGAGGAGACAACAACGACAACAAGGAGACCGAAACCAGCAGAAAAGAUGACACAGUCAGAAGAAGCAGCAGGCGCACCCGACCAGGGGGCAAAGAAACGAGGACGACCUAAGAAGACACUCGAUAUUGAACCCCUAGAGGAAGAAGCCACACCUGCUGUUGUCGAGAAGCAGUCCAAACGAGGACCCAAGGUGGCCAGAGAGGAACCUGUCGCAGAGGAACCACCUAACCCUAGGAAGAGAGUGCGACCACCCAAGGAACGUACGGAAGAUGCCAGUACCGACGCGCCUACAGAGGAAACGAGACCACGGAAACGGAGGAGACCUUCUCCUGCUGCGGAAGAACCAGUGGAAGACGGCGAUCACAAGAAACCAAGAGGAAGGCCGAGCAAGGACACCGUCAAGGCGACAGAGAAGGAUUUGCGCCGCCGGAAAGAAGUAGCGACAGUUGAGGAGGAACCAGCACAGAAGGAGGACGUCCGCCGAACUAAAAGGUCAACCAAUUCAAGUCAGCAAUCGUCACAAACUACUCAACGUGGAAAGGAGAAUAGGGGGGAUCCAUCGGAAGACCAGGAAAACAGUCGCUCAUCACUACGCGAAGUAUCCGUCUCCAGGGGUCAGAACCGGACGUCUCCUCCGCGGAACGAGCAGACAACCAAAGGCAGGAAAGGAAAGAAGGUCGCCGAAGCCGAAGGCGCAGACCUCAAGGAGGAGGCACCGAAACAACAACCCAGAAAGGGUCAAGCUGUUCCAGAAACAGAAGAUGCCGAGCGUCAUGAAGCUGCACAGAAAAAGAAACGCGGGCCAGCUCAUCGUCCUCCGAAUGCCACCAUAACAGAGAAGGCCGUACCUGCAGCCGCUGCUAAGAAACAGCGGGCAGAGAAGCGACCAACCAAGGACUCGGAAGCGAACACCACAGGACCAGCAGAAAAGCCGAGACGACGAAAGAACGCCGAACCGGAUGACGACGAAGAACCUCCCGCUCAACAACAACCCAAAGAACCUAAGGAGAAACCCCCUCCCGUCCCCAACUACCGCCACCUUACUUCCCGCACGCGCCAGAUCCCUCGGUCCACCAUCGCCUCCAAAUGGUCCCCUCUCGACGCCCCCUCCAUCGCCGCAGUAGACAGCAUCAUCGCCGACGCCUCCCGCCCCAUCCUCUUCCGUCUGCGCGAAACCCGCAGCGACUCAAGCCGACACGCCCACGCCCAAGACAUCCUAACCACCUUCGCCUCGCGCCUCCACAGGAAGCUAGAAAAGGGCAUGCCAUUCCCGCCGCCCUCCCUCCCUUCAGCCUCGAAGGAGCAGCCGAGAGAUGUCAACGGCGAACAUGCAGCGGGCCCCGGCCACGAAGCGGAGUUCGACUUUGAGAAGACUGUCAACGCGAUCCAAGCCCUCGAGAGGACGCUCGAUCCACUGCUCCACUCCGUCGCCCUCCUUAAGCGGGAGAAAGAGAAGGAGGAGCAGGAGUUGGAGCGGGCGUACAGACGGUUGAGAACGCUGGAGACUAAUGCGCGGACGCAAUCGAGGGGAUGGAGGGAACGUGGGAAAAGGGACCAUGUGUUGGCGCCGGGGACACGACCUACGGGACCUGGUGUUGCGAGGGAGCGGGAAGAGGAAGGAGAGAUUGAGUUGGUCAAGAAGCCCGCGGAGGAGGGAAAAACAGGUGGGAGUGUCUUCAAGGGAAUUGAAGGCGAUGAGGAGCUGGUCAAGUUGGCGCAGCAGCUAGGAAGUCAUAUGGAGAGUAUGAGAGGGAACUUGGAGCAGAUUGAGGGCGUGGUGCCUGCUAUAGAGAAGACGAAAGGGGCGCUGCAAGGGGUUUUGCAGAAGUAUCUCGAUGAGAAGCAGCACGAGCAGGUUGUGUUUGGGUGA